UUAUAACAUAGUGAAGUCGACAGAAUCUUCAAAACCCCUGUUGCGAAUUCCAUCAUCAGAUUUGUUUUUUAAUCCAUUGCUCAUGGAUUCGCCAUUUUGCAUCACACUUUGAUUGGUGUCCGAUCUCGUAUUGUCAACAACGCUAUUAGUGUCACUGUUAACUGAUUCAAUACCGUAAGUUGAACCAUUUUUCACUACAUCUUUGCACUCAUCUUUGUUGCAUUCCGUCGUCCCAGUACCAAAUAGUUCCGCCUCUUUGAAAGUUUCGGGUAAUUGUCUAUCUUUCGUUUCUGGGAGAAGGAACGCCAACGCACCUGCAAUCAAAGGGAAAACUCCCAAAACAACAUACGGUAGUCCAUACCAAAUGCUUCCAAGUAGGGGAACAUUCGGACUUAUUAGGCCACCCACUCUUCCGAAACUGGAGCCGCUGCCGAUACCAACAUUUCUGGCGAUGGUAGGAAAUAUUUCACCGCUGUAUAGAUACAUCACCCUAAACACAAUGCCGAUGAGUAAGGCUCCACACAGGGCCGUGACUGUAGUUAACGCAGUUAUCUUUGUUGGUAGAAGGCCAAUCAUUGCCAGUGAUAAAAUCCCAUUGACGAUGAAAAACGAUAUUAUGAUCGACUUCCUGCCCAUCUUGAAUAACACAACCAACAGAAGCACUGGGGAAAUAAGAUCAGUUAGUCCGUUGACAAUGAAAUUGUUUAAAUAGAUGUCUCCGGGUAUCAAUGUGCCAAUGUUUAGUCUCAUAGCGUACGAACCAAAUACAACAGCAAACCACUGAAUCCAUAUUACUAUUGUCCUUUUCCUAAUGUUUGGAGUACGGAAUAAGUCGAGAACUGACACUUUGUUUUGAGCAUUUUUCAUCGAACUUUCUUUUUGCGAAGUCACUUCAUCGUUCAAGCUGAACUUUUCAGGCAUCUUCGCUUUAUUUAUUUUAGCAAUUCUUCUGCAUAUAUCUUCAGCUUCUUCAUAUCGUCCUUUCGCAAUUAACCAUCGCGGGGAUUCGGUUAAAAAGAUAACUCCAAUGAAACCAGGAAUGGUCACCAAUGCUGAUAUGAUCUGGAGCCACUUAUGACCUCGUACUAGGAACGCCGUUAACGUCAUAAACGAUCUGAGAAUGCGCAAUAUGGAAGCAUAGAGGGUAGCGUGUGUCCGAUGCACAGGUGGCAUCAACUCGAGAGUGAGGACCCAAAGACACGUGUACGCCCCGAUAGAAGUUAAAAGAGCAAGCAAACGCAUCGCCAAAAACAGGAUAAAAUUCUCUGAAAAUGCUCCACCGAGGAUUGCAGCGAUCGAGCAAAGAAUCAUACCGAGAGUUGUUCGCUUUCUUCCAAACUUAUCUGAGAUCAGCCCAGAGAGGAAAGCUCCAAAUAAAAGACCAAGCAUCUGGAAUGUGGCUGGAAGCGUAUACAUCCAAUCGUUUUCACACACAAGUCCAAAUUCGCUUACAACGGUUGAUUCUCGCACAGACUUAUCAAACACCCAUCCAUUGUUACAAGCAAUUUCAGCAGUUGUUCUAUUGCUCACCCAUGUGUCGAUCGUGUCUGGAUCAGUGAAAUUGAUUGCACUGUAGUUAUAGUUGAACAUAGUACAUUGUUUGUAUACCGUAUCGCCAAGGGGACCAGUUGUCUGGGGAAUAGCAAUUGACUUCUGCAUAGUUUCAUUCAAAUGUUGCAACUCAGGAACCUUGCACCAAUGGUCCAUUCUACCAGCGAUAAAUACAGUAAAGAGAUAUUGCCAACCAUUGCCUGCGUAGAAUAUAUUCCAAACUAUCAUGACUAAAAGCUGAAACCGUCCAAAUCCUCCAAACAGGACUAAUGCCUCGUCAAACUUCAU